UAAAAGGCGCUGGCGGCGGAGGCACAGCCGUAAGAGUACUACUCAAGCAGCCGUCUCUUCUCCAGGCAGCCGCCCAGUCUUCCCAGAGCGGCUCCUGCGGUAGCUGCCAGCAGUCACACGAACGCACGCCCCGGCGGCCGCCCUUGCCGCCGCCUUCUCUCCUCUCUUCUUUUCCCUCCCCACCCCGCAAUCCUCCGGUUUUGACUGCUGAGCUAAUCCGCCCUGCGACCUAGCUAGAAUGUCGUCGCCGCCGCCGGAUCUCCAGAGCUCCGAGGAGCAUCGGGCUGGUGACGGGGCGGAAGAUGACAGUACAGCCGGAGCGUCUCCAAGGCGCUGGGAAGGCGAAGGCGCGCAGGCACCGGCAGCGGCAUUCAGAGCUGCCGGGCAACCUCCGCCCGUUGCCAUGGCAACUGCAUCCACAGGAGGAAUGACUUCCUCUCACUUCUAUGAUUAUGGUAGUUCCAAGACAUCAGACAGAAGCAAUGGCUCCCUUUACACCUCUCUGUUUUCUGAUGAACUCUAUACAGCACCUCAAGAUUCUUCUUAUUUCACCGGAAAUCUUUCCAGGGAGGACAGUCAUGUUACCCCUUCGGAGAGCAUUGAGGGAAUUCAUGCCCAAAGUGGGCUAUUUAGCUCUGAUUCAGGAAUAGAGAUGACCCCAGCAGAAUCCUCUGAUGUCAACAAGAUUUUAGCUGAUCCAGCGGAACAGAUGAAAUCAGAAUCCUACAAGUACAUGGACAUCAGUAGAUCAGAAGAGAUUAAAUACCAAGAGAGCUGUGAUACAAUCAAGGAAGACAUGAGUCCUCUCAGCUUGAUUAAUAAAGGAGUGGAGGACAAGAUUGGAGCAAAAGGGAUAUCAUUUGAUGAAAAACACGAGUCUAAAGAGGGCUCAUCUUUUCUACUGGACCACCAGUAUAGCCCCUCAGAAACAUCACCAGUCAAGAUUACACUGACGGAAAUAGAAACUGUGGAGGUGCCUCUAUCAAAGGAGAAAAUUCCUGAAAAACAAGAAGCUGGUCUCAAACCAAGUCAUGAAAUAGUUCCUACAGUGACAGUAUCUGAGCCAGAAGAUGACAGCCCAGGCUCAAUUACACCACCUUCUUCAGGAACAGAACCUUCUGGUUCUGAAUCUCAAGGCAAGGGCAGCCUUUCUGAAGAUGAACUUAUUAAUGCCAUUAAAGAAGCAAAGGGCUUCCCAUUUAAGCAUCCUGAAGGCCAAGGACCACAAACUGUUGUACCAGAGAAACAAGAUAAGAAAAACAAGUUGACAGAAUUUCCAGCAGGAAGUGCUCCCUUGGAUAAUGAAGCAAGCAGUGCUGAAUCAGGUGAUUCUGAAAUAGAAUUGGUAUCAGAAGACCCUCUAGCUGCUGAAGAGGUUCUCCAUUCCAACUACAUGACCUUCAGCCAUGCGGGAGGUCCUCCACCUUCCCCAGCCUCUCCUUCAAUACAGUACAGUAUCCUGAGGGAAGAACGUGAAGCUGAACUGGACAGUGAGCUCAUAAUUGAAUCAUGUGAUGCUUCAUCAGCCUCUGAGGAGAGCCCUAAACGGGAGCAUGACUCUCCCUUAAUGAAGCCCAUUAUUAUGGACAUUAUCGAAGAAGAAAAUCACACUAGGAAUGAAGGCACCAGAGCUUCGGAUUACAAUUUAAGUGGCUCCAAGGAAAGCAGAAUGAACAGGGAAAAUCUAGCAGACUCAGCCUCCUACUUGAAGUGUUCUUUUGCCGCCUCUAAAGUCCAUGCUGAUACCGUGUCUUCGUCUACCAUCAGCAGUGAAGAGAUAAAGGACAAAGUAGCUCAGAAGAAAUCAGCUGAAGUGGCAGCGACUGCCAGUGGAAAGAAAUCACCUUCCAAGAAUUCAGUGACAAGAAGUCCCUGGUCUUCACCACCACUGCCAUUUUUAAAUAAGCAAAAAGCUAUUGAUCUCUUAUACUGGCGUGACAUCAAGCAGACUGGGAUCAUGUUUGGAAGCAUCCUGCUGUUAUUAUUCUCCCUAACCCAGUUCAGUGUUGUCAGUGUAAUUGCUUACUUGGCAUUAGCAGCUCUCUCGGCCACUAUCAGCUUCAGAAUCUACAAAUCAGUGCUACAGGCUGUGCAAAAAACUGAUGAAGGACACCCAUUCAAGUGAGUGAUCUCUAGUUGG